GAACAUGGAGAAGUGAGCCUCCUGCAGUUCCUUGUGUUUCUCAUUUAUCAGAUUUUGACAUGAUCAAACGUUUGGUGGAAGAUGUGCGAGCCAGGCUGCGUUCUGGAGUCACUGUCAACUCUUUUGGACAGUGUGUUGAGGAGCUUGUGCUCAAUAGCAUCGAUGCCAAAGCAACGUGUGUAGCUAUCAGGGUGGAUUUGGAAGCUUCUAAGAUCCAGGUGGUGGACAAUGGCUCUGGGAUGGGGAAAGAGGACUUAAAGGCUAUUGGAAAGCGCUACUUCACCAGCAAGUGCAGCUCAGUGAGAGACUUGGAGAACCUGACUUUCUAUGGCUUCAGAGGAGAGGCUUUGGCAAGUAUAGCCAACAUGGCCAGUGUAGUGGAAAUCUCAUCUAAGACCAGCAGGACAGCAAAAACAUUUAUGAAACUGUUUCACAAUGGGCAAGCGCUGGAAGUAUGUGAAGCUGAAUUGAACAGACCGAGUGGUGGAACUACAGUCACUGUGUGCAAUCUGUUCUAUCAGUUGCCAGUGAGGAGAAAGUGUAUGGACCCUGUGCUGGAAAUUGAGAGAGUGAGACAGAAGGUAGAGGCUGUCUCCCUAAUGCAUCCUUCUAUUUCCCUUUCUUUAAGAAAUGAUGUUUCUUGUUCUAUGGUUCUUCAGCUCCCUAAGACACGAGAUGUGUACUCUCGGUUUUGUCAAAUUUAUGGACUGGGCAGAUCCCAGAAGUUGCGAGAAAUAAAUCACAAGUCUGGCGGAUUUGAGAUAAGUGGUUUUAUCAGUACUGAGGGACAUUACAAUAAGAAUAUGCAGUUCUUGUAUGUGAAUAGAAGGCUUGUUUUAAAGACAAAACUACAUAAACUAAUUGAUUUUCUAUUAAGAAAACAAAGUGUAAUUUGCAAGGCAAAAAGUGUCCCUGCAAGCCGACAGGCUAAUUCAAGUCCUGGUCGCCAUCGCUGUGGGCCAGAGUUGUACGGGAUAUUUAUUCUCAAUGUAACCUGUGCAUACAGUGACUAUGAUGUGUGCCUGGAACCUGCAAAGACUUUGAUUGAGUUCCAGAACUGGGAUGUUCUUCUAACUUGCAUAGAGGAAGGAGUGAAAACAUUUUUGAAACGAGAGCAUUUAUUUAUUGAGCCAUGUAGCGAGGACAUCAGAGAAUUUAAUGAACGUAAUGACUUUUGUUUGCAUAACGCUCCGGUUCUGAAGCCUUCAAUUCUUGAUAAGAAGAGCAUCCAAGAAAGUUUUAAGAAAGCAUGUAAUGAAAUUGUGGAUUCUUAUGAAAUGUGUACCUUGCAAUCAAAAGAUGUCAAGAGGAAAUCCAUUACUGGAAAAAAAAGUUCAAGUCUUAUACAGUCAAGUAAAAAUGUACAGGAAACUGCAAGUGCCCCAAUUCAGAACACUGCUGAGUCAUCUAAUCCAUGUAGAAACAAUAAAGCAGAGAUUCCAUUGCCAAGCAAAGAUGACACAGUUUCUGAUUUAAUUAAAUCACAUACCUCAGAACAGAAGCCAAAAUACACUAACAAUUCCCAAAAAGUAUCUGAUACUUGCCUGAAACCUUCAGAACAUCUUCCUUCCUCUUUCUGUGCAGGGGCCAGAUCAGAAAUAAGAGAAGUAGAUGGUUGUGGUGACAUAAGGGAUGGUGCAGAGAAUAAUGUAAAAGAUGUGGGCAGCCAGCAAGCUCAAGUAACACAGGAGAGCAAAAAGCUCCGUGUCUUAAAUAAGGAUAUUAUUCAGUCACUGCCUGAGAGAGAAGACCCUACUGAAACAGCAGCAGAACCUGAAACUGUCUCUGGAAGUUCAUUAAUGAGACUGUGUAAUGCAAGAAGAAACAGGGGAACAGCUGAAGUGAAAGAUGAUGCUAGAAGAGGGGCUGUUAGUUCAGCAUCAUUAAAGUUGAGCCUUACAGGCCUUAUAAAAAGUGUUGUGCAAAAUGAGCCCCCACAGGACUGUGAACAAACGGAAACAAAUCUUGCAUUAAACACACAGUGUAGGCCUGGCCCUGUCAGUGCCAAGGAUAUUUUUGACCACAAAGUGAGCGCUGUGAUUCAGUCUUCAAAUGCUAAGGGUACUUCCAGUAAUACUAAUAAAGAAUGUAGAGCUUCUUUUACCAGAGAAGUAUGCAUGACUGAUGGUAAUGAGAACAAACCUUUGUCACAUCAGGUGAGGGAGGAGAUAGCUAUGCCUGCUGCUACCAAUAAAAGACCUUAUGAAACACUGAAUAAUACGGAAGUGCCACUGGCAACUUCUUCGGGUAUUCCUCGCAAGAAAAUUGUUAUCAAAAACGCUAGAAGACAGAUAGCUGUACCAAGACCUCAGCUCUCUAAGAAACUGAGCUUGUCCACGCAGCUGGGGUCAUUAGAAAAGUUCAGGAGGUAUUAUGGGAGAGUUAAGUCUACACUACCAACACCCACGUCACAGCAAAGUGAAUGCGGUCUCCCAGUUCUUAAUUCGGAAAUUAACUGUGACUUUUCAAAGAAUGGGAAUGACGAUGAAAAUUUCAGCAGUUGUGAAACUCCGCCUGCAGAAGAUGCAGAUUCUAAUAAAGUUAGCCAAGGUUUUGGUUCCUUGGAAAAGACUUCAUUUUGCAGUGGAAAAAUAUCACAGGACAAACGAGCCCUUUGUCAGAGUCCUUUGACGUUGUCUGAUUAUUCUCUGGUUAGUAACAAAAAUACAGGUUGUAAAAGAUCUCCAGAAUCAUUAUCAUCCAAACUGUCCAGAAUGAAAACUGAUCGCAAAGAAGUAGAACAACUUGGUGAAGAGUUCCAAACAGACUCAAAUAGAAAAUGCGACCAUUCUUUUGAUCUUGAAUCUUCAAAUAAUGAUUUGUUGUAUAAUGUUCGUCAAACAUAUAAAUCCUCAGUGGAAAAGGUGCGGGAGUGUAAGUCCAGCAUUUCUAAGGAGACUAUGUGCUCACAAUCAGAUGGUGUGAUAGCAGAGUCUAUGAAGAGUCCUGUCAGCUCGUCACCACUCAGCAGUAUAGAAGGAGAGUACAGAGUCUCUUCAGGCAGUGUUUUAUCAUUACCUGCUAAAAAUGAUUGUAUUAACAUAAUCUGUAAAGAUAAAAGUACGUUAGGUGAAUCCUCAGAACAAAAUAUGAAAGAUACUGAGGUUCCCCAUGAGACCUUACAAAGGAACUUGGAAUCCUCUGCCGACAACACAAGCACAGGCAAUGCCAGGAAUGAUUCGUGUUCUGUGUGGCUGCAAGAUUUUGAUGCUUUAUCGGGUAAGACAGUAUAUAUCAAUAAAGCAACUGGACUCAGCACCUACGGCACUCCUCCUAGCGAAGGAUUUCAAACUGCCUGUAUUCAAGAUAUUACAACAAUGGCUGUGAAUGUCGUUUCAGAGAACGGUAAGAGGGGUGGUGGUUGUAAAAAUGGCAUGAGGGCAACUGUUCUUCUAGGUGCAUGAAGUAAUCCUGCUGGC